AUGGCGGACACCUCGAUGUUUCCCUGGCGAGCCCUUCAGCUUUGCAUUGACCCCAUCGCCCCACGUUGCAUUGAGCUGAUACAAGGUCUUCACGAUCGCACGCACCAAGGGCAGUGCUGGCUUCUCAACUGGUGGCGAGAUCGAGACUCAUGCAAGCUGUUGCUGAAGUCAAAGAAGGAGGUCAACGGCAAGGCCGAACACUACCUGACGGCAGAGCAGCAGGAGUUGUUCACGAUGCGACUUGUGACAGAGAUGGAGAAACAUCUUCAGCUGAAGUUCCAAGUCACCAAGCUCCAGGAUGCACCAGCGAGCGUGGUUCGAAGUCAAUGCACUGGACUGUGCCGACAUUUCGACUCCAGCAAGAGGUUGAAGUUCAGGGACCAGACCGAAAGGGACCAGCUGAUGAAGUCCUUUGCUGAUGGUGCCGCGGAUGCAGCCAUGACGCAUUCCAGUGCGCCCGCUUCCUGGCCGCCGGUCCGGCACAUUCAAAGGUGCCGGCAGGAGGAGGCCGCCAGAUUGGCGCAGGAGGCUUGCCAGAAGCAGCUGGAGGAGAAAAAGGCAGCAGCACAGCGGGCAUGGGAUGAAGCCCAGAAGAGCAAUGACAAGGCAGACAAGACUGAGGCUGAAGCUCUUCAGAUGGGUUCUUUCGCCUCGGAACAGAUGAUGGAAGUGUGGAGUGUGGAGGACCAAUUUCAAGCGACCAUGUGCAAGGAAAGUCACCUUGCACGAAACGAGGCUUGGUCGGAGGCCGUCCAAGCUGCUCGUGAUCUCUGCCAAGAAGCCUUCUCCUGCCGAGAGGAAGCCCAGAAGAGUCGGAUCGAGGACCUCUUCAGCAUCGUGGAAACGGGCAAGAACUUUCGGGCUUUGCCGCGGGACAUCCUCCGCAGAUGUGUAGAUGAAGUGCACGGUGUCUUGGUGUUGGACUUGAACCAGAUGACGAUCGGCAGUCCUGAGUUGCCCAAGAUGUGCUUGAACGUGGCACAGGACUUGGUGGGGUCGCCUUGGCUGCUCAUGGUGCUCGUUCCUCUGGCCGACAAGACGACCAGCAUCCACGCGUGGGAGAUCAAGAUUUUGUCGGUGCUUCCUUCGCUCGCAUGCCAGACUGCUUCACAAUCUAAUGGAAAGGGCAUCAUAGAUAGCAUUCCGUUGUGUUCCAAGUUGAGUGCAUUGCUGGCUCACCUUUCAGUCAGCGACAUCUGUGCGGAAGAUGGCCACAAGGUGAUUCUGCAGAUCAUCGAGGACGCCCAUGAGUAUCUGAAAGAUCAGCGACUGGAGCAAGCCUUUGACGAGGCAAUCUUCAGUGCCUUCACUCUAGACCAACGACAAAGACUGAAGGUGGUGACCAAUGGUUCCAUCGAUUACAUGGAGAUUGAGAAAGCCAUCCAAAAGAUCUUUGGUGAUCGCCUGGAUGAUGGUGGUGGCAGCUAUGACCACAGCUGUCGCGCGCAUUUGCCGCAGUUGUUGCAACGUGCCUCCAAGAUGGGCUGUGGCAUCUACCCCUUUGGCUUCGGGAAAGAUCACGACUCGGUGCUGCUGCGGGAGCUGUCCGAGAGGGCGAAAACACCCUUCACCUACAUCGAGGAAACGUCGGCCAUCAAAGAGGCCUUCGCCGGUGUGGUGGGCGGCCUCAGCAGCAUUGUGGCGCAGCAGGUGCAGGUGACCCUCAGGUGCCAUGCACGUUUGAAGGAGGUGAACACACCGUUUGAAGUCUUGCGUCACAGCGACCAGACUGCCACUGUGACCAUCCCAGACAUUUUCGCAGAGGAGCGACGGGACAUUCUGGUGGAAUUGGAAGUCCCUGCCGACUCCGUUGCGGAGGAGACAGUCUUACUGGAAGCUUCGGCACAAUAUGUGGCCGUUCGGGAAGCUGCUGAGGUACGUGUGCAAACGCCAGUGGUUGCCAUGAGUGUACAACGCGUUGACGAACCACAGCCUGAGCAAGAGCCAGAUGAGGAGGUCUUCGAGCAGCGGCAACGAUGGGAGGUGACCUCUGUUAUGGAGGAAGCAUCUCGGCGGUCGGAUCAAGGUGACUUUGAGGAGGCGCGUCAGCUCCUCAACAGCAAGCGUCAAACCUUGAGAGAGUCCCGACCCAGCAGGACCACACAGGCCCUACAGUUGGAGCUUGAAGAUGCAGAAUCAAGGAUGAGGAACUUUGGCACUUGGACCCUGGGAUCUCAUGAAGUUCGUGACGCCACCACCAUGCAUCUGAUGCAGCGCACCACCAACACCAUUGCGAGUUGUUCCCUUGGUGGGGAGGCGAAAACCUCCAAGUCGCUCUACGUGUCCAGCAUCCAAUCCGCCAGCAUCCGUCGUUCCACCGUGGCCGGUCACGAGGGACCCGCUAGUGCCAGUGGCCUGGCUGCCAUGGUGGCGAGAGAUUCAUGGCGGGGUGCCACUGAAGGAUUUGAAGGCAAAGGAAAAGGAAAAGGAAAGGGCAAGGACAAAGGCCCUCCAGUGGCGUCGCAGCCAGCAUCUGCAGCCGACUCGUUGGCGCCGACAUUCGGAACGGGACCUGCAGGUAGCGACUCCCAGGGAGCAUCCGGUGGCGCUUCAAAUCCAUCUGAUAAGAGCUGUGAACAAUCCUGA